CCUGCAGCAACAGUUCACCAGUUUGCUACCUUCACGAAGGAUCUUCCUUCAGGAGCUGCUGCCGAUGGAGACGCUCCCAUCUGCAGCAGCAGCGGCAACAGCAGCAGCAGCAGCAGCUGCAGCAGCAGCAGCUUGAGCUGCAGCAGGAUCAAGUUGAUGUGAAUCUGUGUGUCUCCUCUUGCUGCUUGCUUCCCUCUGCUUGUUGGGCAUUGCUGCAAUUCGCAACAGCAGCAGCAGCAGCAAACGACGAGGAAAGCCAGCAGCAGCAGCAGCAGCAGCAGCAGCAGCAGCAAAAACGAAGGAAAGAUGUCUCCUUUACAGCCAGCAGCAGCGGCAGCAGGACCCGCAUACAAGGUGAGGCAGACGAAGCAGACAAGCAGCAGCAGCAGCAGCAGGAACAGCAACAGCAACAGCAACAGCAACAACAACAGCUGAGGCAGCAGGUGCCUCAGGAUGAAGCACCUGCAGCGCAGCAGCGAGACCAGCAGCAGCAGCAGCAGCGAGAUGCGCCGCAGCAGUCGCAGCAGCGGCAACAGCAGCAAGACAAGCAGCAGCAGCAGCAGCAGCAGCAAGAUCAGCUGCAGCAGCAGAAGCAGCCUAUGCGACAAAGGGCCCAGGGGGGCGUGCAGAAUAGUAAGCAGAAAGUGCGGCCGCCGCUGCUGCUGCAGCAGCAGCAGCAACAACAACAACAGCAACUCUCACAGCAGCAUCAGCUUUCACAGCAGCAUCAGCUCUCACAGCAGCAUCAGCUUUCACAGCAGCAGCUGUCGACUCCGCCUGCAGCUUCACCUCCGGCUUCGCAACAGCAACAGCAGCAGCAGCAGCAGCAGCAGCAGCUGUUACAAGAGAACAGGCUGCUGCGCAGCUGCCCUUCAGGCUUGCGGCUGAGAGACCUUCCGCCCCUUACUUUUCCGAGGCCAGCAGCAGCACUCAGCAAAUUAACGCAGCGCUUAGGGCGUCUACCUGCUUAUCAAGGAAAGGAGGCGAUUAAAAAAGUAUAUCCUUUCGGGGUGCCCUUAGAAGUGCGGAGUAUUUUCUCGGGUUUACAGAUUCAGCUCGUGCUGCACGCUGUCUUAGGUGCAGGAGGACAGGGAGUAGUGCUCUUAGCACGGUCGCCUCGGAGCGUAGGAGACUUAGCAGUGAAAGUGUUUUGCGUUGAGGUGCGUAGACAGCGCGGCUUAGCACGAGAUAUGGAUAGGCUGCGACGAAGAGUACAGCUAGAGGUCUCUUUUGCUGCAGCAGCUCCUUGCGACGUUUCUUUAGCUGUCUUCUCGCACUUCUCGCACGUCUUAAUGCCGCUUGAUGUCGUCGAACCCUUACAUUCGUUCUUACCCCCGCCUGAAGAUAAGACGCGCUACUGGACACAGUGGAUACUCUUCGAAAGAUUUGCAGGGGACGUGUCUAUGUUGCAUAGUCUGCCUUUCUCUCCUUCUUCUGCCAAGUUGUCGGCUACUAAACAAAUGCUUCUGGCGGUAGUGCGCAUGCACGACAUAGGCUUAGUGCAUUCAGACAUCAAAAGUCAAAACUUCUUCGUUAAAAAGGAUGGGCGUGUCUUCCUAGGCGACUACUCACUCGCUCAUCCAGUAGGUCAGCAGUCAGCAUGUUUUGAGGGUACAGCGACAUACUUGCCUCCUGAGAAUUUACAGUGUAUGCUGAGCUCUGCGCGAAGUAUAAAGCUGACAGAGUCGAAGGACGCGUGGGCUCUAGGAGUCGUCUUCUUUAAGAUUUGGUGCUUCUUAAGCAGGCCGUAUGGUGCUGAUCAAAUGCUCUAUGAAGAAAUGAUAGAGAAGAUAGCAGCAGUGAGAAUCGAAGACCUUGACUUCAGCGGCUGUAGCUAUGAUACUCCCAUAGCAGUCCUUCACAUGAUUCGUUUGCUGCUGGAUCCAGACCCUGCACGGCGACCGAAGCCUCGCGAGGUGUAUGAACGACAUCCGGUGUUUACUGUCCCUCCUCAUGUUAUUUUAAGAGAGACACUAGGAUCGCUUGUUUGGAGGUUUAACUCUCAAGGGCUUACACGUCAAUAA